GAGGUGCUUCCUCCAACAAAAAAAAAGAGGCCAAAAAGUAAACAGAAAUCGAGGUAGUAAUGUUAGCUAGUGGCAGCAGGGAUGAGGAAAAAGCGUAACAACAUCUGAAUCAACUGUGUCCCUAUUUAUACAAAUGCAGAUUUGUUUUUAAGAAAGCCCAGGAGACAUUUAACAAAAGAAAAAGGCGAGACAAGAUGGAGAUGCUGUGUUUCCGGUUACCUGGCCACGGGGACACGACCCUAAAGCACCUGAACACACUGAGGGCCCGCCAGCAAUUCUGUGACAUCACUAUUGUGGCCAGCGACAACCAGACCUUCAGGGGCCAUAAAGUUGUCCUGGCUGCCUGCUCGCCUUUCCUGAGGGACCAGUUCCUCCUCAACCCGGCCCCAAAGCUCCAGGUGUCGAUGCUGUACAGCUCCACAGUGGUGUGUGGACUGCUUCAGUCUUGUUACACUGGCCUCCUGCAGUUUAACCCAGAAGAGAUUGUCAACUACCUGACCGCUGCCAGUUACCUACAGAUGGAGCAUAUUGUGGAGCGCUGCCGUGGAGCCCUGAAGAAGUAUGUGCAGCUAAAAAAACCCGGUCCAGCAAAGAUGACUUCAGAGAAGAGCCAGGCUCAACCUUUAAUUGUCAGCGGAAGCGUUCACUCUUUUGCAUCCCCUCCCACCAGCCAACCCUCCCCUUUGCAUCUACACAGUCCUGUAGUGCGCUCAGUGGAGGAGAACAGCGGAGACAUGUCUGCCCAGGGAAGCAGUCAACACUACCAUGGCAGUCCCACUUUGGACGAGCCAUGCAUUAAGGUAGGCGCAUCAGAUGAGGAGGAAAAGGCUCGACAGGAGGACUAUGAUGUGUUCAGAGUGUACAUCUCAGAAGAUCAGAUGAACAGAGACCGGGAGGAGGAGAGAGGAGCUCCCUCUGAAGGAACACAGGAUGCUUAUUACCCAGAGACUGACGGUGUGGUGAUUGGAGAAAGCGGUGAAUAUGAGCUAAAUCCAACAGAAGAUAAUCUCAGUACUGGGGGACUUUCAGCUGAGGGGCUCCGCGCUUUCAGACGCAGGCUUUCUGACCCUAAAACUGUGCGGGGCAGAGGGAGAGGCAGGGGUUUUAGGAAAAGAAGGUGGGUGUCAACACAGGAGAAAAGACUUCCAACCAACCAGGAUUUGUGGUACUUAGCAACUGCAGGAAUGGGAGGUAUUAUGAACAUGGACUACAACCAAGAAGGGCCAAAGACAGGAAACCUCCUCUCCGUUGAACUCCCACAGUUAGACUACAGUAUGGGUGACGCUAAGGUGGAAAGGGUCUCACCAAUGGGAGGCAACAGUUUGACCCAGUGCGUCCUGGAGGAGUCUAGUUGUGGUGCUGGUGAGGGAAGUUCAGGGCUGACGACUGUCGGGACAAACGAGGGAGGGGAUGAGUCUGUCGCGGUGGUGGGAUCCACCUCCAGUGUGUCUGGGCCUGUGAUAUGUGAGCACUGUGGCAUCACAUUCCCCUCCACCCAAUCCCUAGCCUUCCAUUCCCGCUCCACCCACCUGCUUUACACCUGCCCCUGCUGCGGCAAACACUUCCACCACUCUGCCAACCUUACCCGGCACAUGGCUGUGCAUCGAGGCGGAGGCAAAACUCACCAGUGCCCCCUGUGCUAUAAGACUUUCACCCAAAAAUCCACACUGAUAGACCACAUGAACCUCCACAGUGGCGAGCGGCCACACCGCUGUGCGUACUGCCACGCCCGCUUUGCUCACAAGCCUGCCUUAAGACGCCACCUGAAGGAACAACACGGAAAAACCACAGGGCAGAACUCUCUACACGAGCAAGAGGAGAGGGAGAGAGCUGCGACAAUACGAGAGGAAGAGCAAGAGUGCCUGGUUACUGAACAAAUGUCAUUAAAGAUGUAAAAUAAGUGUCUAGACAUCUAAAGCUACUCGGUUGCCUACUGCAGUUACAUUUUGCAGAGCAACAAGUCCAGUGGGGAGGUCAGUCUCUUGGGGCAUGGCGCCAUGUAGAUAUUAAAAUAAUGGUACUUGUGGGUUAUCUGUCGCCACUUUUUUUUGUUUUUUUCAGACUCUCUAAAUAACCCUAACUCCUAAAAUUAAUGUUUGUUAUUUUGAGAAAUUAAAAAGUUAAUGUGGAGGAGCUACCCGCUAUUAAAAAGUGGCAACAGAUAACCCACAAGUACCAAAAGAACAGUUAACCCCAAAAUAAAAAAUACACAUUUUUUCACCUGCAGUGCCAUUUAUCAAUCUACAAUAUUUUGCCAUAGAGAGGUCUUCUUUCUCUCAUAAAUGAUGGACCAGGAUGGCUGUCAUGUUCCAGUAUCCUCCUGUUUGUGGUGCUCCAAGCCAAAAAAAAAGUUUUAGAGUCUCAACAGCAAUUUCUCAUCCAGAUCAUUUACAGACAUUGUUGUGAGCAGUUUUAUGAAAGCACUGUCUUCUUUUACCAAACAAAUUAGGGGUGACCUGCCCCUUCUUAAGCAAGAGCUGGAAACUGACUGUGAUGCCCUUAUAAAAUGUCACUGUGAAAAUUAAAACUUAAACAUUUUUCAAUAAAAUGACUAACCACAGUUCAAAGGUAUGAUGUAAACCAGUGUGAAUAAAAAUGUUGGAAAGUUUCCUCCUAA